GGAAGCGGCACUCCCGUUGACAGUAAAGACCGGUCACGGUAUCUGGCCUCCCGCGGUGUCUAGUAGUACCGUGUGCAGAGAGUUUGCCCACUGGGAGUGCAGUAACAGCCUCCGGGUUUCCCGUCAGAGCAACUCCCGGUAAAACGCAGGCCGUCACAACACUCGUUGUACAUAGCACGAGCCGCGGCUAUAUAAAACGCCGUGUUCACUUCAUCUCCUACAGACGAGCCGGCACGAUGGGUGCGUAUUUCCACCUGAUCCGGCUGGCGUCGGUCCUGUUCGUGGCCACCAUCGCGCUGUCCUGCACGGCGUUCGUCACGUCACACUGGACGGUCGGGCUCCACAGGCACACCCGGGAACAGGCCGCCAGUAACGAAACCACCAAGGCACCCAAGGAAGUCGCCUACUACACAACCUUCCACAGCGGCUAUUGGCAGGAAUGCAAGCAGAUAGAGGAAUUCAGUCAAGCCGAAAAUUGCACCCUGAUACUGGCGAUGAUCCCAGACGGAGAGAGAAACGAAAUGUACAUGUCUAUUGGCCUGGAACUGCUGUCCAUCUUGUUACUGAUGCUCGGAACCGUAUUCAACAUGGCGGCCUGCUGUCGACCGGGGACGUCUCCCAAGGUUACAGCCAUUACAGCCGUGCUGGCUGUCCUUGCUGGUUUGACUGGAAUGUUGAGCCGCAUGAUGUUCAUCACAAUAUUCCGGUUCUCGAUUGAGAUUGGCCCGGAAGAUCAGAAGCCCUACAGCUGGACCUACGGCUGGUCGUUCAUGGUGGCGUGGGGAGGGUUUCUGUGCUGCAUGGUGACAGCCAUCUCCGUGCUACACGCUUACACUAUUGCGGUGCUGGAAAAGCAGGAGCGGUGGGCUAUUGAGCAAUGGUUGCAGCAGUCAGCCCCCCUGGUGCGACCGGAGCCCCCUCCACCAGUCAGCAUCCCCCACACCCCCGCGCGUACCCCCGCCACAAGGACUCCCGUCAAGAGGCUAGACUGGAACAGGGUUCCCGAGAACAUGAUCAUGGGCUACCCCUACUGUCAACAGACGGCCAUAUAA